AUGAAUACCUAUCGUCGACAUUCAGGUACUUCGAACAGUGAUGUUGAGUACAAUGAUGACUCAAACGAGGAGGAACCCCGUACUGCACCACCAUUAGCAUAUAAGCGUCAAGUAAGUUUUCAAUCAGCACAGCAAAAUAAUCUAAAUGAAAAAUCAUCCACAUUCGCCCGAUCAAUAUCUUCACCAGCCAAAGCCAAUCGUAGGCGUAUACGCUCUAUAAGUCGUUCCCUUGACGAGCACGUGUCGUUUCGUGGCAGACAAACAAUCUAUACAGCAGGUCGUCCAGCAUGGUAUGAGGCAUCCGGCGAAAUUAAAGAAGCAUUUGUUAUUGGUAUCUGUGGUGGAAGUGCAAGUGGUAAAACAACAGUAGCACAACAUAUUGUGGAGAAAUUAAAUGUACCUUGGGUAACGCUUUUGAGUAUGGACUCGUUUUAUAAAGUUCUCACCGAGGAACAACAUGAACAAGCAAACAUGAAUAAUUAUAAUUUUGAUCAUCCGGAUGCAUUCGAUUUCGAUCUACUCAUUGAAACGUUGAAAAAUCUGAAAAUCGGCAAACAAGUUGAAAUUCCUCUAUAUAAUUUUACUAGUCAUUCUCGUGAAUCGUAUACAAAAAUGUUGUAUGGCGCUAAUGUUGUUAUUUUUGAAGGGAUUAUGUCAUUUUUUAGUAUAGAAAUUCGAGACAUUCUUGAUAUGAAAGUAUUUGUUGAUACUGAUGCGGAUAUUCGUCUUGCACGUAGACUUGAAAGAGAUAUUACCGAACGUGGACGUGAUAUCGAAGGUGUUAUACAACAAUAUACACGUUUUGUUAAACCUUCUUAUGAUCAUUAUAUUGCGCCAACAAUGACCUAUGCUGAUAUAAUUGUUCCAAGAGGUGGCGAGAAUGAAAUAGCCAUUGAUUUGAUUGUCUGUCACGUUAAUCGAGAACUUCAAAAGCGUGGCGUAAAAGUUCGAAAUGAACUUGUCCAUAACGUCGAUUUAAUGUCUCAUUUGCCAAUGCCCGAAACAUUUUAUAUUGUGGAACAAACAGCACAGAUAAAAUAUCUUCAUACUAUCAUUAGAAAUAAGGAUACGGAUCGCGAUGAAUUUAUUUUUUAUUCAAAACGUCUGAUGCGAAUAUUAAUCGAAUAUGCAUUAUCUCUAUUACCAUUCGACGAUGUUACCGUAGAAACACCUCAAAAUCUUAUUUACACGGGAAAGAAACAUGUAUACGCUGAAAUUUGUGGCGUGUCUAUUAUUCGCGCUGGUGAAUGUUUAGAACCAGCACUGAUUGAAGUAUAUAAAGACGCUAAAAUUGGUAAAAUAUUAAUUCAAACAAAUCCAAUGACUGGUGAACCUGAACUUCAUUACCUUCGAUUACCACGUGAUAUUGCUCGUGCUUAUGUAUUAAUUCUCGAUGCUACGAUCGCAACAGGAGCAGCUGCAUUAAUGGCUAUACGAGUUUUAUUAGAUCAUAAUGUGCCCGAAGAAAAAAUUGCUCUUCUUUCAUUAUUGGUAUCAAAGCAAGGAGUUCAAACAAUCGCUUAUGUGUUUCCGAAAGUCAAAAUAGUGACAACUGCAUGCGACACACAGCUUGACUUAACAUCUGGCUUUAUUUGUCCUGGUUUGGGCAAUUUUGGUGAUCGAUAUUUUGGAACUGAUUUAACUGGAUAUACAUCAGAUGCAGAUGAUUUGGGCUUGAUUGCCAAUGGAAACAUGAAUUCUCAACCAUCUACACCAGAUUCACCUUUGUCUGGUCGAACUAGAUUUCCGAAUAAUUAUAGUUGA